AUGACAUUAAGACGUUUAGACUUGUUUACGUACAUGGAGUAUUCGUUUGGGAGUGAAAAGGGGCGGAUGGGUGAUGAUUGGGGCUAUCUUAUUGGUAGGUAUGAUGUUAAGUUGGGAGAUAUGCCAAAAAAGGAAAAGAUUCCUGAAAAAGAGUUUAGUAAAGCUUCAAUAUUGGGAGUACGUAUGUCAACUAUGCCGAAAGAGGUUUAUCGGGUGGGUGAGUAUUGUGAUUUAGUUGAAGUUUAUGUUGAGGACUUAUCUGUGCUUGAUCGGGUUGUGCAAUGGACGAUUGCUUCUAUUCGGUUUGAUUUGGGGAGUAAAGUGCUUUAUUUGAAACGGGGGUUGAUUUCACGGGCUAAUUCAGCGCAUAUUUACUUGAACAUAGACUUGGCUGGGUAUUUCAAUGUGAGUACUCGUCGGAACUGGAUUGCUAAUGUUAAGGAUUUAUUGCGGUUGUCGAGUAAGAGUGGGAUUAUAGUGAGUACGGGGCAGGCGAUUAGUCGGGAAGAAGUAGUGGCUUUGUUUAAACAGUUUGGGCUGAAAGAGAAGACUAUUUUGCGGUUUGUGAGUGAGAAUCCCCAGGAAAUGCUUGUUCGAGCGGCUAUUAGAAAGCAUGCCCAUUUAGGAGUAGUCUCUUUGGUUCAGCCUAAUGAAUCUGAUUUUAAGCAAAUGAUCUAUAAAGCAAACAAGCUCUACCGGAAUAUUAGAUAG